CCACUUAGGAAAAAUUGCUCCCAUGUUUAAUACCGUAUAUCUACCUUAUUGCGUUUCUAAUUACUCGCUCGUUACCAUAGACACCAAACUAUCAGGAAAAUAUUACGUACGCAGUGCAGCAAUGGCGAAGUUUGUAGUAGCUGGAAGGGCAGGCUGUCCCUCGUAUGCUAGGGCUGAGAUGCUCGCAGACAAGCUUGCAACUAACCUACCAGAUUUUAAAGUCCACAAGAUAGUACUAAGUCAAGAGGACUGGGCUCUAUGGGUAAAAGAGAAAUGUACUACCUGUGAUUGGUCUCACCCUCACUGCUCCUCUCCACUCAUCUGGAGGGAACUCAUAGACAGAGGAGGAAAGGGAAUAUACUUAGGAGGAGUAUCUGAUUUUGAAGCUUACACUGAUCAUUACUACAAGCUAUCACCAGACACAAAGAGAGACACAGAGGAGGCCAUUGCUCAAGAAAACCUGGACACCUUCCUUGCAAUACAACUUGAGAUAAGCAGAAGCAAACCAAUAGAACCAACCAAAGUCUGCAUAACUAAUGCAUCAUCAACCAUAGCAUACCAGCUGGCACCUCUACUCCUCACGGAGCGAGUCCUUGGAGAUGAAAAGAUCACUAUAGUCCUCUUUGAUGAGGAGAGCGAUGAUAGUGUCCUUCAUGCAAUGGCUAUGGAGCUACAGGAUAUGGCCUGUCCCAAUCUAGGAGAAGUAAUAGUAACUAACCUACCACAGAGAGCAUUCACUGGUGCUAAGGUUGUAUUCUUGCUUGAUUACAUGCAAGAGGAGAAAUGUGAUGAGAUGCUGUCUAAAGUCUCCACUAAGUACACAGGCUAUGCUGGGAUAAUGGACUUCAAUGCUGACAAGGAAGUACUUGUAAUGGCAGCAGGUCCUUAUGCUAAUCUGUGUGUAGCACUAAUGGCAAAUAAAGUAUCUUCACUCUCAAAGGCUCAGUUUAUAGCGUCACCUGCUACUAUUGAACAUCAAGCAGCCUCAAUUCUUGCAUCUAAAAUUGGAGUUGCAUCCUCUGAUGUGAGACGAGUGGGCGUGUGGGGAUCAUGUGACGGUCAUGUGAUCAUUGAUACCUCACACACGAGAGUACACAACCACAAAGGAUCUAUAGUGGGUGAACCUAACUUCUCCCUCCCUCUCCGAAAGUGUCUAUUUGAUCUCGUCUGGCUAAAAGACGAAUAUAACAAAGAAGUCGUAGAACGCCACUCCCAAUUAAAGAGCAGCCUUGUGGAUGCAUUGGGACUCGCUCGACUCAUGAAGAGUUGGUGGGCUGGGGACGGGGCGUGGCACUCUGUAGGCGCGGUCUCAGAGGGAGAGAAAGCCGUGCUGUGUAGACCGUGCUUGUGCGAGACAGCAAGAGGAGAAUGGAAAUGGUUUGAAGGCGUUGAAAUGCCAACAGCAAAGAAGGAGGAGAUAGAGAGCAAAGUACAGAGACUGGAAGAGGAAUUUGAUAAAGGAGUCGUUCCUUCAAGCAACCAAAUGUUAGAGGACGAGGAACUGUAAGAUUUUAAAAUGUUAAAAAUAAAAAUUAUUAACAAUAAUAAUAAUUAUUUAAAUUUAUCAUGUGAUAAUAAUUAUCAGUGUAUAGUUGUGCAGUUAGUUAAGUUUCACACUCCAGAAAUGUA